AUGAUAUUAUUAUCUUCACAAAUUUUCUUCAAACAUGCAUACGUUUUGAUUCAGGAGAAACAGCUGCAGGAUUUGAGGUCCUCAAUCUCCGGGAAUCCUGAAACCCAUGAAAAUGAGGACACAGCAAUAGGUCACAAUUUGAAGGGAUCAUCAUCAAUUAUAGUUGCAACACGAAAUAAGAACCAAAAUACUACUGAACCUGCUUCUACUAAACAACAAAGUGUGGCUGCCACUCUUGGUUAUGAUCCCAGUCCUCUUCUCCAGUCUUCAUCAAAUUCUUUGUCUCCACCGCUUCAUCCUUCGUUGCCCAAGGUGGGAAUUAUUUUAGAAAGAGAAGGAUCAUCAACUCAUCAAGACCAAGAAUACAUUAGGAGAAUGAGUUGGUUUAAUCAAUUUUCUCAUCACAUGCAACAUGAGAAUUCACAUAGGAAUGAAGGUGGAGACAUGGAUUACCAGCACAACAAUUCGCCAUUGGUGCCAAAUACAAUAUCAAACUACAAUUUACAGGUGGAGGCUGGGGCAGGAAAUGGAACAAAAUAUCAUUCAAGUGGACAAUUUAUUAGAAACCAAAGAUCUGUGUUCCAAAACAAUAUCAUGGACACUCAUACAGCCUUCAAUUCUGGAAGGGCUAAUGAACACAAUCAUUUCUCGAUUACAAACAUGCAUGAUUCACAAUACGGCCGCAGUUACAAUUACAUGCAUCAUGAUUCCUACUCUUCUUCUUUCAGUGUUCCACUGCCUCAAGACGGUUUUGCCCCUCUUCCUACUCCUGCCCCCGCUGGAAUGUAUUAUAAUAAGAUUUAUGAUUUAAAUUCUCAAAAUUCAUUGUGCCUUGCUCCUGACCACCCAUGCUAUCCUAGGGGGCAAACUAAACCACACCCUUCUUUUAUUCAAGUGCCACCACCAAAUCAUGCUUAUAAUAGACCUAUGCUGUCCGACCCUACCGCACUUCCUUAUUAUAGGUCUCCUCCAAUGCACUCAAGUUAUCAUUCACACCAUCCACAACCUGCACCAUAUCCGCAUCCAUAUGCAACCACCACAUACUACAAUAAUUCCUUUGGCUUGGGAUCUUCAGUGCAACCUUCUAUGUGUCCUCCAUCCUAUGGUAAUAUUUAUAAUCCCCAAACAAUGAUCCCGCAGCAAUUCUCAAGGUCCCAAGGUGUGGCAUCAUCAAAUCAUCAGAUGAAUGGAUACAACAAAUACAAUGGAUUGUUGCUGAAUACUACUCCUCCUCCUCAUGAACGGCAGAGUUACAAUACAAUGAUGUUGCCGCAGGAAGCACUUCCUAGCAGUAUAGCAGCUAUGUCAUGGAGCCAGCAGCACAAUAUAAUAAACGGUUCGCAGACGGAGUCACAAGCAUUGAUGAGGUCAACGAGUGCUGAGCUUUUCUCAGGCAACACUCAGGGAUCUAGUUCACAAGAUUCUAACUCCAGGGGAGAUUCUGAUGACUUUGCACGCCUCCUAAGAUUGAUUAGGCCUGAAAGUGCAUUGGGGAAUCAUCAGGAGCAACAAGUGACGAUCCCGGUUUCAAUAAUAAAUAAUUUAAAUAAUCAAGUCCUCACAAGGCAGCGUGGCAAAGGAAAGCUUCCUCAAUCUUCCACAACUAGGGAACCUUCGGCGGCAAUUCGCAGAAUACUGGACAUGUCUUCUACACGAACAGUUAUUCGAAAUCCUCUGCCCAAUCAAACUCCUCUGGCCAUUCAAACUUCGAACUACCCAGCAUAUGGAUCAAGGGGUGGAUGGAUUCCAGAUCUUAAAAAGCAAGUGAUGAGCAAUAGCAGUACUAAUUCAGUACUGAUCAGAGUGGAGAAAGAAAAGCGGCGUCGUGGUCGUCCCCGCAAAAUCCAACCGCAACUGCAACCACACUCAGCAUCCUCUUCCAACCUCGGAAAGAGAGGACGACCAAGUAGAUCUCCGGAAGUAGAUCAGCCUCCUUACAAACAAUCUUCCUCUCAUUCCACCUGGGAACUUCUAAACGCCGUCUAUGACCAAGCAAUUGAGAAUGAAGAUUCUCCCGUCGACCCCUUUCUUCGAUUAUUCAAUGCAUUACACCUGCGAAUCAUUAAAUAGUAGUUAAUGAGACUUGCUUUCUACACCAAAGUCUUUGAGCACAUGCAAUCAUGAGCAUUUGAAUGAUGAUCUCAAAGAUUGGAAACAAUUCCAAGAACAUUGAUGGUACCAAUGGAAUUGGAACUUAGAAAAAUCCUUUAUGAGCAAAUAAUAUUACUCCUGAACAUUCUUUCUUUAGUUAAAGCCUUAAAGGUGAACAAUAUAUACACUGC